AUGAACGUUGAUAAUGAUAAUAAUGAUGCAGAAUUUGAUCAGAUUAUUGACAUAGGACCGAUUGAAUCAAUUACUCAUAAUUAUUUGGCAAAUUUUAAGUACUGGAGUAAAAUAAAAACGAAUGGUGCAUGCAGUUAUAAAUUUGAUAAUGAAGUUAAGAAACUAAAUAAUGAUGACGAAUUAUUGAAAGAGUUUAUAACUGUUGCAACAAAGAAAUUAUCUUCGAAGGCACCAUCUGAUACAAGAGAAAAAUGGGAAAUUUUACUGAAAUUUUCUUUUAUUAAAACAAAUAUUGAUGAAUUUGAUACAUUAAAUAGGAAAUACGAAAGGCAAUAUUGGGCAAAUGGAUUAAAAGAACUAAAUAUUAACUUGAGUAAAAAUUGUGGAAAAACUUGUAAUAUUUGUACAGAAGAUUAUGACAAUACAAAUAUACCAAUAACUCUUGAUUGCUCACAUGAGCUCUGUGGAACAUGCGCAGAAAAAGUAAAUUAUAAAUGUCCAUUUUGUAGGGAUGAAAGUUUAGUUUGA